UUGGAACACGCAAAUCAACGAACAUGCGUUAAUAAUUUAUUACAUACUGUGAAACUGGUGCUACUUGAAAAUGAUUCCUAAAAACAAAUGCCUUGACUUACUUAGUCAGAUGCAGAGUUUGCGUACCGUUCUCUGUGUUGUUUUAAUUUUACUUUGCCGCACAGACUAUACUUUUUGUGAGUCUGAUAAACUGAAUCCCGAUCAAUGCCUUGUAUGGGGUUCGGGACUCGACCCCGAAGUUGUCUUGCCUGUUCGAUACUUCUACAUACAGGCUGUGAACUCAGCGGGAAAAAACUUCACCUACUCUCCAGGUAAAGACUCAUUCCGGGUGCGGAUAUCGUCGCUGACUCCAGGAGAACACAUCCGCAUCCAUGUCCCUCAACCCCUGGACCGUGCUGAUGGCUCCUUCCUCAUGAGGUACCGCCUGUAUGGCAGCGCCCCCAAGGGGCUCAAGGUGGAAGUAUUUCAUAAGGAUCAGCCUGUUGGCCAGUCUCCCUAUAUCCUCAAAGGCCCAGUCUACCACGAGUACUGUGACUGUCCAGAAGCCGACCCAUCCGCCUGGCUGAACACCAUGGCUUGUCCCACCCAAGAACCCCAGAUCCUGAAGGACUUUAGCUCCUUCCCAUCCAUUGACCUGCAGCGCCUACUACAAGAAGUCCCCCGGCGCUUUGCCCAGAGAGGAGGCCUCAUUCACUACACCAUCCUCAAUAACCAGAUCUACCGCCGUGCCCUUGGCAAGUACACAGACUUCAAAAUGUUCUCAGACGAGAUGCUGCUCUCUCUGGCCAGGAAGGUGAGACUGCCUGAUAUUGAGUUCUACAUCAAUGUUGGAGACUGGCCAAUGGAGACACGGAAGGUGAACGACACCCCUGGACCUGUUCCAAUCAUCUCCUGGUGUGGCUCUACAGACACACGUGACAUCAUCCUUCCCACUUAUGACAUCACUCACUCCACACUGGAGACACUGAGGGGCGUCUCCAAUGACCUGCUGUCAGUCCAGGGAAAUACAGGUCCCCCAUGGGUUAACAAGACAGAGCAGGCUUUUUUCCGAGGCCGGGACAGCCGUGAGGAACGCCUGCAUCUAGUCACCCUGUCCAGAAAAAACCCAGAGCUGUUGGACGCAGGGAUCACUGGAUACUUCUUCUUUCGAGAGAAGGAAAAGGAGCUGGGCAAGGCACCCCUUGUCGGCUUCUUCAAUUUCUUCAAGUACAAGUACCAGGUGAAUGUGGAUGGUACUGUGGCAGCUUACAGGUUUCCUUAUCUGAUGCUGGGAGACAGCGUGGUUCUGAAGCAAGUUUCCCCUUAUUAUGAGCACUUCUAUGCCCACCUGCAGCCAGGUAGACACUACGUACCGGUAAAGAGGAGUCUGUCUGACCUCAUAGACAAGAUCAAAUGGGCCAAGAAAAAUGAUGCUGAGGCACAAGCGAUAGCCAGAGAAGGACAGGCAAUGGCCAGAGAGUUACUUCAGCCCACAAGACUGUACUGUUACUACUACACUGUGCUGCAGAUGUAUGCUGAGCGUCAGACCAGCCGGCCCACAGUGCACAAGGAUAUGGAGCUAGUGCCCCAGCCCUCUGACCACACUGCCCUCUGCAAGUGCGAGCGGGAGAUGCAAAGGGAUGGACCCACUCUGAAGAAGGAUGAGCUCUGAUACAAAGUUGGCAACGUGUUUCUAGGAAACUGACUGUGAUUGAAGGGACCACCAUGGUUGUCAUGGGGGGAGUUCUGUUGACUGUCUUCCACAGGGUU